GCCGUCACUCUUGCCGCGGACGGCGGCGGUUGGCGGGAAGACCCGGGGGCGGUGCCCGGAUGCAGGCGGAGCGCGGGGGCUGCUGGGAGUCGCAGUCCGCAGGAGACUGAGGGAGGCCGGAGAGCCCGAGGCCCGGUCCGCCCGCCCGCCCGCCCGCCCGCAGGGGCCCGGGGGAGGGCAGAGGCUUCGGCGUCACGCCGUCGCGGGCCUCGCCCUCCCCUCAGGGAGCCGAACGGAGGCCUCCCGCCGCCUCUCCCCGCUGAUGGAGGUUUUAAAGCAGGACGGCCGACUCCGGCGAAGGAAGGAGGCGAAGCCGAGCGGAGAGGAGGGAGCCUGCACAGGAGCCUCCCGGUCCUGUCUGAGGCGGCGUGAAAGGUGUGGACCCGGUGGGGCUGCCGAAGGGUCACCCAACGAGAUGAUCCAGAGCGAGGAGGGACCCCGUGACAGGAGGGUGCCCGGGAAGAGAUGUGGGAAGGCGGAGGGCGUUGGAAUACACGGGAAAAUUCACCCAGGAGAGAAACCGUAUAAAUGCCUGGAGUGUGGAAGGAGCUUCAAUCGCAGGGGAAGCCUUUAUAUACAUCAAAGAAUCCAUUCAGGAGAGAAACCCUAUAAAUGCCUGGAAUGUGGAAAAAGUUUCAAUCAGAUAGGAAAUCUCAGGAUACAUCAAAGAAUUCACACGGGAGAGAAACCCUAUAAAUGCCUGGAGUGUGGAAGGAGUUUCAGUCGCAGGGGAAGCCUUUAUAUACAUCAAAGAAUCCAUUCAGGAGAAAAACCCUAUAAAUGCCUGGAGUGUGGAAAGAGUUUCAGUCAUAGUGGAAGCCUUUAUGUACAUCAAAGAAUCCAUUCAGGAGAAAAACCCUAUAAAUGCCUGAAGUGUGGAAAGAGUUUCAGUCAGAGGGCAAACCUUUAUAAACAUCAAAGAAUCCACACAGGAGAAAAACAGUAUAAAUGCCUGGAGUGUAGGAAGCGCUUCAGUCAGAAGGGAAACCUUCAUACACAUCAAAGAAUCCAUUCAGGAGAGAAACCAUAUAAAUGCCUGGAGUGUGGAAAGAGCUUCAGUGACAGCGGAAGCAUUAAUAAACAUAAAAGAAUCCAUUCAGGAGAGAAACCCUACAAGUGCCUGGAGUGUGGAAAAUCCUUCAUAACAAAUGGAAAUCUCAAAAACCAUCAACAAAUUCACACUGGAGAGAAACCCUUCCAAUGCCUGGAGUGUGGAAAGAGUUUCAGAUCGAGAGGAGAUCUCAAGGUACAUCAAAAAAUUCACACGGGAGAAAAACCCUAUAAAUGUCUUGAGUGUGGAAAGAGUUUCAGUCUUAGUGGAAGCCUUUAUAUACAUCAACGAAUCCAUUCAGGAGAGAAACCUUAUAAAUGCCUGGAAUGUGGAAAAAGUUUCAAUCAGAUAGGAAAUCUCAGGAUACAUCGAAGAAUUCACACGGGAGAAAAACCCUACAAAUGCCUGGAGUGUGGAAAGAGCUUCAGUCAGAGUGGAAGCCUUGAUAAACAUCUAAGAAUCCAUUCAGGGGAGAAAUCAUAUAAAUGCCUGGAGUGUGGAAAAAGUUUCCAUUGGGUAGGACCUCUCAGGAUACAUCAAAGAAUUCACACUGGAGAAAAGCCGUAUAAAUGCCUGGAGUGUGGAAUCGGCUUCAGUGUCAGGGGGAACCUUUAUACACAUCAAAGAAUCCAUUCAGGAGAGAAACCAUAUAAAUGCCUGGAGUGUGGAAAAAGUUUCCAUCGGGUAGGACAUCUCAGGAUACAUCAAAGAAUUCACACGGGAGAAAAGCCGUAUAAAUGCAUGGAGUGUGGAAAGAGCUUCAGUCACAGUGGAAGCCUUUGUAUGCAUCAAAGGAUCCAUUCAGGGGAGAAACCGUAUAAAUGCCUGGAGUGCGGAAAGAGCUUCAGUCGCAGUGCAAGCCUUUAUAGACAUCAAAGCCUCCAUUCAGGACAGAAACCCUAUAAAUGCCUGGAGUGUGAAAAGAGCUUCAGUCAGAGGGGAAGCCUUAAUAAACAUCGAAGAAUCCAUUCAGGAGAGAAACCCUAUAAAUGUCUGGAAUGUGGAAGGAGCUUCAGUCGCAGGGGAAGCCUUUAUAUACAUCAAAGAAUCCAUUCAGGAGAAAAACCCUAUAAAUGCCUGGAGUGUGGAAAGAGUUUCAGUCAUAGUGGAAGCCUUUAUAUACAUCAAAGAAUCCAUUCAGGAGAAAAACCCUAUAAAUGCCUGAAGUGUGCAAAGAGUUUCAGUCAGAGGGCAAACCUUUAUAAACAUCAAAGAAUCCACACAGGAGAAAAACAGUAUAAAUGCCUGGAGUGUAGAAAGCGCUUCAGUCAGAAGGGAAACCUUCAUACACAUCAAAGAAUCCAUUCAGGAGAGAAACCAUAUAAAUGCCUGGAGUGUGGAAAGAGCUUCAGUGACAGCGGAAGCAUUAAUAAACAUAAAAGAAUCCAUUCAGGAGAGAAACCCUACAAGUGCCUGGAGUGUGGAAAAUCCUUCAUAACAAAUGGAAAUCUCAAAAACCAUCAACAAAUUCACACUGGAGAGAAACCUUUCCAAUGCCUGGAGUGUGGAAAGAGUUUCAGAUCGAGAGGACAUCUCAAGGUACAUCAAAAAAUUCACACGGGAGAAAAACCCUAUAAAUGUCUUGAGUGUGGGAAGAGUUUCAGUCUUAGUGGAAGCCUUUAUAUACAUCAACGAAUCCAUUCAGGAGAGAAACCCUAUAAAUGCCUGGAAUGUGGAAAAAGUUUCAAUCAGAUAGGAAAUCUCAGGAGACAUCAAAGAACUCACACGGGAGAAAAACCCUAUAAAUGCCUAGAGUGCGGAAGGAGCUUCAGUCAGAGUGGAAGCCUUGAUAAACAUCUAAGAAUCCAUUUAGGAGAGAGACCAUAUAAAUGCCUGGAGUGUGGAAAGAGCUUUAUUGAUGUUCAGUACCUCCAACAGCAUCAAAAAAUUCACACGGGAGAAAAACCCUAUAAAUGUCGGGAGUGUGGAAAGAAUUUCAGUCUUAGGGGAAGCCUUUAUUACCAUCAGAGAAUCCAUUCAGGGGAGAAAUCAUAUAAAUGCCUGGAGUGUGGAAAAAGUUGCAGUCAGUUAGGAAAUCUCAGGAUACAUCAAAGAAUUCACACAGGAGAAAAACCCUAUAAAUGCCUGGCGUGCGGAAGGAGCUUCAGUGUGAGGGGGAACCUUUAUAAACAUCAAAGAAUCCAUUCAGGAGAGAAACCGUAUAAAUGCCUGGAGUGUGGAAAAAGUUUCCCUCGGGUAGGACAUCUCAGGAUACAUCAAAGAAUUCACACGGGAGAAAAGCCCUAUAAAUGCCUGGAGUGUGGAAUCGGCUUCAGUUGCAGUGGAAGCCUUUCUACGCAUCAAAGGAUCCAUUCAGGGGAGAAACCGUAUAAAUGCCUGGAGUGUGGAAAGAGCUUUACUCAGAGUGGACAGCUCAGGCUACAUCAAACAGUUCACAUGGGAGAAAAACCAUAUAAAUGCCAGGAGUGCGGAAAGAGCUUCAGUCGCAGUGCAAGCCUUUAUAGACAUCAAAGCCUCCAUUCAGGACAGAAAGCAUAAAAAUGCAUGGAGAUUCAGUCACAAUGUGGGUCUCAGUAAACAUUAUAAACUUCACACAGAGAAGGAAGUUUAUAAAUGCACAGAGUGUUAAAAACCCUUCAGAAGAAAUGGAAAUCUCCAGAACCAUUUUAGAGUCCACACAGGAGAGAAACCAUAGAAAUGGAUAGAGCGUGUUUGAAAUCUUCAGUAACCAGCAAAGUCAGUGCAGUCCUGGAUGCACAAGGGUUUCUCAAGGGCUAAACAAGUCAUUGUUUACACACAGACUCUAAUUACAAACCAAUAAGGCACAGGUGUGCAUACUUACCCUUCAUUGCCAUCUCAACUUGAGCCUAUGCUGUGUUAUGAGCACAAACAUUGCAGGGUAUGCAAAGUCCUGAACGGGACCCUUUUACUGCUUUCUUCAUUGCUGUGGUUUGUGUGAUGAUUGUGCCAUUCGGUGAAGCCUGAUAGUCCAUUUUCAGUCACAUUACAAAUAAAUAUCAUGUCUUCUGCCUGA